AUGGUGAAGCGAAAAUCCGGCGUCGACGACAAAGCGCCAUCGAAGGACAAGAUGGAUGUCGAUGGCGAAGACAGCGGCAGCGAUGAUGACGAACUCCUCAACGUGGACUUCGAAUACUUCGACCCCUCCCCCGCCGUCGACUUCCACGGCCUCAAAACGCUCCUCCGCCAACUCUUCGACGUUGACAACCAGCUCUUCGACCUCUCCGCCCUCACCGACAUGAUCCUGGCCCAACCCCUGCUCGGCUCAACAGUGAAAUGUGAAGGGACCGAAAGCGACCCUUACGCCUUCCUCACGGUCCUCAACCUCCACGAACACCGAGAUAAACCAGUCAUCCAGCAACUAACCAACUACCUCAUUGAGAAGACGCGGAGCUCUUCCUUGCGCCUGGAGUCAUUAUUGGGAUCGAGCAGUAAAUCCCAAAUCGGCCUCAUCCUCACCGAACGCUUCAUCAACAUGCCCUCCCAAGUCAUCCCACCCAUGUACAACAUGCUCCUCGAAGAAAUCCAAUGGGCCAACGACGAAAAGGAACCCUACCAAUUCACGCACUACCUCAUCAUCUCCAAGACCUUCACCGAAGUCGCUUCCAAGCUCGACGUCGAGGACGACCGGCCAGCGAAGAAGUCGAAGAAAGUAGCGAAUGCGGUGGGAGAGACUUUUUACUUUCACCCCGAGGACGAGGUGUUGGAGAAGCAUGCGCUGGCGACACUGAGGUUUGAGUAUGAGAAGCAGGGGGAGGAGGGAGCGAGUGAUGCAAAGAGGGCGUUUCAGGAGAUGGGGGUUCGGCCGGUGGGGAGGUUGACGUUGAUCGAGAGGGAGAAGUUUGAGGGGGCCGUGAAGGCUGUGGGGGAGUAUCUGGGGUCGGAGGCGUGA